CGAAUAACCUUUUUAUUUUUGUAAAUAAAAAUUUUAAAUUAAAUUUUGAUUCCUGGAAUAUUUCACCUUUCCUAGUUUUAUUUAUGAUCUUAGCUGAGGUGUUCCUGUUUUAACAAAUGGAUAUCAGUAAUAUCAUCUAUCAGACCAAUGAACCAUUAAUUUUGGCCAAUUAUUUGAAAUGGGACAUUAUCAAUUGGAAUCUCCAAAAAUGGCAUGAUGUUUUAGGCAAUGAAGAUUUAGAGUUUCGUUAUGGAUGGAAUGCGAAAACCAAAAAUCCACAGUGGGAGAAGAGUACUCCUUCAAUCAAAGGGAAUUUCAAAGAACUCCUUAAUUUUUCUAAAACUGACCGAUGGCUCUAUUUCGAUUACAAAUAUCUGAACGAGUGGCUCUUGGAAGCUAAAGAACUGAGAGAGCAAAUAAAUUUUGGGGACCUCGGUUUGAAAAACGUUACUGCAAAUGAUUCAACCAUAUGGAUAGGUACCAAAGGAGCUCAUACCCCGUGUCAUAUUGAUACUUAUGGCUGCAAUGUUGUUGUACAAAUUUAUGGGCAGAAACUCUGGCUACUUUUCAAGCCCGAUGAGGAUUUGAAAGCUACAAGAGUUCCCUAUGAAGAAAGUACAAUUUAUUCAAGGUUGAACUUUUUUAGCCCCUCUAAUAUGACAGACUUCAAAGAUAUUCAAUCUGGAAAACUCAUUAUUCUGAAUCCAGGUGAUGUGCUGAUUAUACCAAAUAAAUGGUGGCACUAUGUUGAAGCUUUGGAUACUUCUAUAAGUAUCAAUACGUGGCUACCAUUGAAAAAAGAUCAUGGUGAAAGACAACGGGAGUGCUUACUGCAGUUAUUAAUUGGGUCUUUUUUGAGCAAUGCUGAUAGAAGUAUGCAGACAUCUGUUCUUAAUCCAAAUUCUUAUGAUAUAUUGAAUCAAACCUUGAGUGAAAGGUUAGAAUUUUUCGAAGAAAUUUUGAAAGUACGUGGUACUAGAAAUGAAGUUAAUGAUAAUGAUAAUGAACAGGUUUCAUGCAGUUCUCCCAAGAUGCCUCAUUUUAUUAGAAAAAUCGGGAAUUUGACUCCGGAAAAUCUCAAGCAGUUCUUGAAUGAUCAGUCUAGACGAUUUCCUGAAGAAUUGAAUCUUAAGGAAGAACCAGAAGAUAAUUCAACUCUAAAAAAAAUUACACAUGCUUUUACACAUCCAGAUGUUAUAGAUUUGAUUUUGAAUAAAAUACUAGAAAAGUAAAAUGA